CCGGAGCGCGUGCUGGGGGCAGGCUGCAGUGCUGCUUCCCCUGGUACGAGGAGCAGUCGCCGCUGCCGCCUCAGCCCCGCGGCUGGACCCCCUCCCUUACCCGGGGACUCCCUGACCCGGGGAAGCCAGCUCAGGUCUGCAGAGGCUCCAGAAGGGAAGUAGAAAGUCCUCCCUGAAAUACGUCGGCUCCUCAGUUGAGCCUCUCCAACCUGGCUUCCCCUUUCCGCCCCAUUCCCCUUCUCCCCCUCUCCCUCUCCCACUCACCCUCCUAAACCCGGUGCAGAACAGAGCUCUGUUCUCCCUUUUCCCUCCUGGACCUCACUGGCCAGGCCCUAGUUCCUCUUACUCUGAGCCGAAAGAGACUGGCACCCAUUUCACUCGGGGAGAGAGUCCUCUUGACCCCACACGCCACCGAGCAAAAGGCUGAAAACCAAGCGGAGAGAGUGAGGUGGCCCCAGAGAAGCGCGCCCCAAGCCCCAUCAUGGAAGAAGGCUUCCGAGACCGGACGGCGUUCAUCCGUGGGGCCAAAGACAUUGCCAAGGAGGUUAAGAAGCACGCGGCCAAGAAGGUGGUGAAGGGCCUGGACAGGGUCCAGGAUGAGUAUUCCCGCAGGUCCUACUCCCGCUUCGAGGAGGAGGACGACGAUGACGACUUCCCGGCCCCUGCUGAUGGCUAUUACCGCGGAGAAGGGGCCCAGGAUGAGGAGGAAGGUGGCGCCUCCAGCGACGCCACCGAAGGCCACGACGAGGAGGAUGAGAUCUACGAGGGCGAAUAUCAGGGCAUCCCUCGGGCAGAAUCUGGGGGCAAAAGCGAACGGAUGGCAGACGGGGCGGCCCUGGCCGGCGUGCGAGGGGGCCUGAGCGACGGGGAGGGUCCCCCUGGGGGCCGGGGGGAGGCGCAGCGGCGGAAAGAUCGCGAAGAGCUGGCUCAGCAGUACGAGGCCAUCCUCCGGGAGUGCGGCCACGGCCGCUUCCAGUGGACUCUCUACUUCGUCCUGGGCCUGGCGCUGAUGGCUGACGGGGUGGAGAUCUUUGUCGUGGGCUUCGUGCUGCCCAGCGCUGAGAAGGACAUGUGCCUGUCUGACUCCAACAAAGGCAUGCUAGGCCUCAUUGUGUACCUGGGCAUGAUGGUGGGAGCCUUCCUCUGGGGAGGCCUGGCUGAUCGGCUGGGCCGGAGACAGUGUCUGCUCAUCUCGCUCUCCGUCAACAGCGUCUUCGCCUUCUUCUCGUCUUUCGUCCAGGGUUACGGCACUUUUCUCUUCUGCCGCCUCCUGUCUGGGGUUGGGAUUGGCGGUUCCAUCCCCAUCGUCUUCUCCUACUUUUCGGAGUUUCUGGCCCAGGAGAAACGUGGGGAGCACCUGAGCUGGCUCUGCAUGUUCUGGAUGAUUGGUGGGGUGUACGCAGCCGCCAUGGCCUGGGCCAUCAUUCCCCACUAUGGGUGGAGCUUCCAGAUGGGCUCGGCUUACCAGUUCCACAGCUGGAGGGUCUUUGUCCUCGUCUGUGCCUUUCCCUCUGUUUUCGCCAUCGGGGCUCUGACCACGCAGCCAGAGAGUCCCCGAUUCUUCCUCGAGAACGGGAAGCAUGAUGAGGCCUGGAUGGUACUGAAGCAAGUUCAUGACACCAACAUGCGAGCCAAGGGCCACCCUGAGCGGGUCUUCUCAGUAACCCACAUUAAAACGAUUCAUCAGGAGGAUGAGUUGAUUGAGAUCCAGUCUGACACAGGGACCUGGUACCAGCGCUGGGGAGUCCGGGCUUUGAGCCUGGGGGGUCAGGUCUGGGGGAAUUUCCUCUCCUGCUUCAGUCCAGAGUAUCGGCGCAUCACUCUGAUGAUGAUGGGCGUGUGGUUCACCAUGUCGUUCAGCUACUACGGCCUGACUGUCUGGUUUCCCGACAUGAUCCGCCACCUCCAGGCUGUGGACUAUGCAGCCCGAACCAAAGUGUUCCCGGGGGAGCGUGUGGAGCACGUGACGUUUAACUUCACGCUGGAGAACCAGAUCCACCGAGGGGGCCAGUACUUCAAUGACAAGUUCAUCGGGCUGCGGCUCAAGUCCGUGUCCUUUGAGGAUUCCCUCUUUGAGGAGUGUUACUUCGAAGAUGUCACAUCCAGCAACACGUUCUUCCGAAACUGCACGUUCAUCAACACCGUGUUCUAUAACACUGACCUGUUUGAGUACAAGUUUGUGAACAGCCGCCUGGUGAACAGCACGUUCCUGCACAAUAAGGAAGGCUGCCCGCUGGAUGUGACAGGGACGGGCGAAGGCGCCUACAUGGUGUACUUUGUCAGCUUCCUGGGGACACUGGCUGUGCUUCCGGGAAACAUCGUGUCUGCCCUGCUCAUGGACAAGAUCGGCAGGCUCAGGAUGCUUGCUGGGUCCAGCGUGAUGUCCUGCGUUUCCUGCUUCUUCCUGUCUUUUGGGAACAGCGAGUCAGCCAUGAUCGCUCUGCUCUGCCUUUUUGGGGGGGUCAGCAUUGCAUCCUGGAAUGCGCUGGACGUGCUGACUGUUGAACUCUACCCUUCGGACAAGAGGACUACCGCCUUCGGCUUCCUGAAUGCCCUGUGUAAGCUGGCAGCAGUGCUGGGGAUCAGCAUCUUCACGUCCUUUGUGGGCAUCACUAAGGCUGCCCCCAUCCUCUUUGCCUCAGCUGCCCUUGCCCUUGGUAGCUCUCUGGCCUUGAAGCUGCCUGAGACCCGGGGGCAGGUGCUGCAGUGAGGGGCGGGGUCUCAGGGGCUUUAGGGAUGGCAGGCACACUGUGAGACCAAUAAUUCCUUUUAUCCCUACCCUGCCCUGCUGUCCUGGUCCUCACUCCCCCGUGUUUGGUGUCUUAGCUGUGUGUGCCUGUGUGCAUGUCUGUGACCCUGAUGGGCAGGGACUAUGGGAAGGUCCCUUCACCCCAGUUUUGGGAGGAGGCUCUCCCCAAAUGCCGCCACCCUCGACUUUGCACAGGAGAAGGCCCAGCUGCCCCUUCUCUCCCGCAGCGUUAGUGGGGGCCCUGUUUCCCUGCCCCAGGGAUUCCAGAACUUCCGCCUUCCCCGUCAUUCCCUCUGCCUAGGCCCAGCUGAAUCACAGGUACAGAGUUAUAUUGGGGCUGAGGCUUGGACCAAAAGAACUUCUUGAGUGGGAAGGGUCUUGGGUGCCCUCUAACCACCCAAGGAUGCUGGGGAGCAGCAAUAAACCUCAGCCCUCUGGUCUCCAUUUUCACCUCAA